ACCUUGGUUUCGUCAGUAGAUUGUUUGCAGCUGUUGAAUCAGAAUGUCACACGUCAUCUCUCCAUCCCCAGCUUUUUUGUCCGAUAAAAUUUGCAUAUUAAUUAAUCAGUAGAUUGUUAAUUAUCCUUUUUUUGUCCCACCCAAUCAGCUGACCUGUCCCACUAACCAAAUACCAAGCCAAAACACUGCCUUCAACUUAUCAAAAUCUACGGAGAGAUUCGAGAAGAUUAAUUUAUUUAAUUAGUGAUUAGAUUUAUUGAUAAUCAUUCAUUAUCAUCAUGUCGGAAGAUAGUUCGGUCAAGAGGGGAGGCUUGACGAAUUCGUUACUUAAUGCGGCAUCUUUCGCCUCCUUUGAGGAUUCCGCCCUCCUCGUUCCUGUCCCCUUGAGUGAUGAGCCUGAAAUUCUUCUUGCUCCUCCCAAUUCGGAGAUUGAUUUGAACAGUGAAGAUUCCGGAUCUGUGCAUCUGUUAGCAUCUGGUACAAUUUCGCCGAUCGAGUCGUCCUCGUCGCCAUCGCUUAUCCCGACCGAUAACAGCUUUGUUCCUCUCUUCAAUUUGGAAUCUUAUGGAGGAAAGGAUGACCCAUCGAAAUUUCAAGGUUUCCCGAUCCCCAUCCCUGAUUUCUUGAAACAAGAUUUGCCACCUGUUUCAUCAUCUGUACCAGUACCACCAGUACCACCACAGUUUUCGACGUAUCAACGACAGUCGACGACGGGGGUGCAGAAUAAUCACGUGACGUCGUUUCCUCCCCCUCCUCCGAUUCCGACAAAGGUGGCACAUUCGCCAAAGACGUUUGUUCCUCCUCCCCCUCCAAUUUCGACAAGGGUGGCACAUUCGCCAACGUCAUUUCUUCCACCCCCUCCUCCGAUUCCGGCAGGGGUGGCACAUUCGCCUGAUUCGCCAACGUCGUUUGUUCCUCACCCGGUUUGGCCACCGGCACCACCAUUGGCGACACAAAGUCCAACAUUUCCGGUAAAGAGUGUGAUUGAACAGGAGAUUACGAUAGGGACUCCAUUUUCACGUCCGCCUCCGUCAAUGGCCAUGUUUUCACCGCCACCACCACCAGGAGUAGUUGGUGGUAGUGGGAGUUCGGCAGAAACGAACAACAACAGUUUCCGCCUCGGCAAACAGAAACCGAUGUACGCCAAGUAUCCGGGACUUUCGGGGGUUGAAGCGUCCCCACCGGCGCCAAUGUACAUGGCGAUGCCGAAUGCUACCCAGUUUUCUGAAACGGCCCAGGUCCCCACUUCCGUCACGACGUUUGCUCCAACUCCACAACCUGCCCCGCCAACGUCGAUACCAUCCUCGUCGCCGUAUGCGUUUACGCCAUUCAACACGCAACGGAUCCCGAGUCCGAUGGGAUAUCAGUCGCCGACUGGGCAGAACAGUAUGGCUUCUGCUGCAACGGGAGGAGGUGGAGGAGGAGUCACGUAUAAGCCGGUCGCGUUCCACUGGUUCCACAGGAAGGAGAAGGAUGCCGAAACCAAAGAUAAGAAUGGGCCGAAAGUGGAUAAGGACAAGACUGUGUGGCGAGCGUUUUCUUUGGCAGAUUCGGCCGCUUUGGAACAAGCGUUCAGUGAAAAUAACCAAGAACUCAUUUCCACGGAUGGUGGUCGAUACGAUGUGAAUGUUCAUAAACGGUUGAAAUACCCAGUUUACUGGGAAGAAAAGCCUUCCGAGGUGCGGAGAUGUUCCUGGUUUUACAAGGGACCAAUGGACAGCCGAUUUGUGCCCUAUGAAGAAAUACUUUCUGAGAGUCUUGAGCUUGAGUAUCACAGCGGUCUUACGACUGGGGUUUGGAACCGACGGCUCGAGUUUCCUGGGGGUGAAGCCAUCAUUCUGUACAAUGCGAAUGCUGUCUCGCACUUUUGUCAAGCAGCUGCCCCCGACGAGUGGGGGAACCUUCCUGAGAGCCAACUCCGCCCAAGGGUUGUGAAACGAGGCGUUGAAGAGUUUGAGAUUGAAGACGGUGAAUCCUCACAGAUCGACCAUUUAGUAUUUUUAGUUCACGGAAUUGGUGCUAUAUGCGAUUUAAAAUUUAGGACUAUAGUCGAAGCAGUCGAUGAUUUCCGUCACUUGUCAUUCCAACUGAUGCAAACUCACUUCAAGGAAGCGGUCGAAUCCCAAAGGGCUGGAAGAAUUGAAUUUCUCCCAGUUUCAUGGCACGACGCGUUACACGGAGAUGGAGGAAUUGACAAGAAAUUGAAACCCAUUACGUUGAAGAGCAUCCCAAAACUGCGGAAUUUUACGAACGAUUCUUUACUGGAUAUUCUCUUCUACACGAGUCCAGUCUAUGCGCAGACAAUCAUUGAUACCGUCGGAUCCGAGCUGAAUCGUCUUUUCAAUUUAUUUCUGUCACGAAAUCCAACCUUUAAUGGAUACGUGGCCGUUGCCGGGCACAGUUUGGGCAGCCUCAUUCUCUUCGAUCUGCUCACUCAUCAGCCCAAAAUUGGACGUUAUACGAAGGAAGAUAACACAGAGAGUGGGGAUUCGGCUAAUCGGCAAGCGGACAUUCAGAAGAACGAGUCCGCAAAUGCUGCCGGAUCAGAAGGGCAAAAUCAAUCCACCAUGAUCUACACGGUGGGUUCUGGGACGGGUCAACCGUUUAUAAAGUAUCCCACCCUGGAAUUCGAACCUACUGCUUUUUUCGCACUUGGAUCCCCAAUUGCAAUGUUCGUCACGGUGCGAGGGAUUGAUCGACUCGGGGAAAAUUUCCAUUUUCCUACUUGCCCUUCGUUUUUUAACAUUUUUCAUCCCUAUGAUCCCGUCGCGUACAGACUUGAAACUCUCAUCGACCCGAAUUUUGACAUGCGUCCAGUCCUCAUUCCUCAUCAUAAGGGACGAAAGCGUUUUCAUCUCGAAUUAAAGGAAACCAUGCAACGUGUCGGGGCUGAUAUUAAGCAAAAGUUUCUGGAUUCUUUGAAAACCACGUGGAACACGGUUUACCAGUACGCCACCUUUUCAAAGGGAGAGAAUUUCGAGUCCGAAAUUGACCGCGUGCUUGAAGGAGAAUUGAGUGAAAAGGGUGUUGACACGAACUCGAAUGGAUCUGCGGAGGAUGUGGAUCAAGACAUCGGAUUGGGAAAAUUGAACGGGGGACGACGUGUGGACUACGUCCUGCAAGAAGCUCCGCUGGAAAGCUUUAACGAAUAUUUAUUCGCUCUGAGUAGUCACGUGUGCUAUUGGGAAAGUGAAGACACAAUGUUAAUGGUCCUCCGCGAAAUUUACGCCUCGAUGGGAAUCUUUGUGGAGAAACAGUCCGAAGCAGAACUCGAAUUUUCGACGAAUCUCCCCUCCGCCCCGGCGUUCCGCGACUUGGCGCCAUACUACCCAAGCAGCGAGGCAAUUCCACCACCAAUAGCGACCCCCAUUUACACGGGGGGAUUAUACCAACCAGAUUAUGGGACGUCGACAUCGUCUUCCUUGCCGCCGACGGCCCUUAUCGCCCCCCAGUCAACCCCGUCCGGACCACCCCCGCUCUUUUUGAACCCUGGUGCUCAUACUUCGUCCUCGUCUUCUAUGCAAGGAUUCGGCAACCCGCCCCCUAUUUCCACCGCGGCGGUUCGCACAUCUCCAAACGAGCCGGGAAAACCACUCAUCAUCGGGGCGCGCCCGGUCGUCAGUCCAGAAGACAUCACAUCUCUGCGCGGAAUGGAUCCCACCGCGCCCAUCAUGACGAACGCGACUCCACUCGGACCCCCACCAAGGACGGGGUUUCAACGGAAAUAGGGUGUUCCAAAUCGACGUUUUUUUGUUCUAAUUGGCAAUUAUUUAACGAAUUAAUCAAUCAAUCAAUCAAUGCAACUUACAGAAGAAAGCUUUUCUACUAAUUUUCGACGUAAUGUAUGUAUUUAAUACUCGAAAAAGAGAGAAAGAAGAAUUAUUUUUAAUUACAAACAAUGUAUAAUGUAUAACUCAAAACACAAAAUUUAUAAUGUAUUUACAAUUUACUACAGCGACAGAAAGAAAGCAUGGGAAAUAAAGGCAAACCAAAAUUUAUCGUAUUAAUACACAGAA